AUGCAGUAAUAACAAAGUUAAGAAAAUUAAGAAUAAGUAAAUAUAGAAUAAAAAACACUCAUUGAUGAAUGUGAAAUCUGUUUAUAAGAAAUCAAAACUAAAGGUGUUUUCAAAAAAUGUAAACAUUACUUUUGUAUCAAUUGUGUUUUGAAUUGGACCUUACAUUAGAAAUCAUGUCCUAAAUGUAGAUGCAAAGUUUCAAGUAUUAUAAAAAUUUCUAUAAGAAAAUAUCCUCGUUCAAUUAAAAAAAAAACAUCUAGUAAGUAUCAUGAAUAUUUUAAGAAUAAAUCAUCUAUUUGCCUAAUUCUGAAAGUGAAAGCAGUGAUUCAGAUUAUAUUCCUAUUGAUACAUUUGUUGGGAAAUAUGGACCUGAAGAUUUUCUGUGA